AUGAGGAAAGGUUUAUUGGUCAAGAAGGUGGUUACUGGAUUUUCGUUAACGACAUUUGCUUCAGCUUCAGUUAGUUUUGCACUGUUAAAAAAUGAAAAUUCAGGGCUGGAAGAAAAAGAAAAAAAUACGUCAAGAAGAAAUCUCUGGUUCUAUACCACUGGGGCUCUAAGAUUAGGAAGGACAGCUUUCACCAUCGGUUUGAUUGUACUGGAUUACAAAUAUUCACUGCAUGGAGAGGAUGUUUCAUUGGAAGGAUACCAAUCUAAGUUGUCUCAGGUACAUACUAGAUCAGCCACGAGAUUGAGAGAAUUAUGUUACAAAAACAGUGGUUGCUACAUCAAAGUUGGACAGCACUUGGGCGUUUUAGACUAUUUGAUCCCUAAUGAAUAUGUCCAAGUCAUGAAAGUGCUGCACAAUAAAGCACCACUAUCCACCACAGAGGAAAUAUGCAAUGUCUUUAGACAAGAGUUUGGCAGAGAAGUGACGGAAGUUUUCAGGGAGUUCGACCCCCAGCCACUUGCAUCUGCUUCACUUGCCCAGGUACACAAGGCUAAAUUGGUGAGUGGUGAGGAGGUCGUGGUGAAGAUUCAACACCCAACCGUCAUGCAGAACUCCCACGUCGACAUCUUUACUAUGGAAUUACUUUUUAAAUGGGUAUCCAAGAUAUUUCCGUCAUUAGAUCUACAGUGGUUGGCUGAUGAAACAAAAAAGAACCUACCUCUGGAGUUGGACUUUGUGCAUGAAGCUGGUAACAAUGAGAGAGCGCAGGAGAUGUUUAAGAAGUUCAAGUUUGUUAAGAUUCCCAAAGUCUACAGAAAAUGGACCUCACCGAAGGUCAUCACCAUGGAGUUCUGUGAAGGUGGUUUCAUAAACGAUCGUAAAUAUUAUCAAGAUAACAACAUUGAUGUUAAAAAGGUGAUGUUGGAAUUGGGCAAAUUGUACAGUGAGAUGAUAUUUGAGAAGGGCUACAUACAUUGUGAUCCACAUCCAGGCAACAUUCUGGUGGUCAAUGAAAACAGCCAACCUGUCAUCAAGUUACUUGAUCACGGACUCUAUCAGGAACUACCAGAGGACAUUAGACUGGCCUACUGCAAGAUGUGGACGAGUAUCUUUAACAAGGAUGUGGAGGGCAUGAAGGGGGCAGCUGAGAUGUUGGGCAUCAGGGAAAAGUACCCCCUAUUGGUCUGCAUACUGACGUCCAGGUCCUGGCAGACUAUCAAGAAAGGAUUGGAUGAGGAAUAUACGGAUGACGAGGACGAAAUAAUUCGAAGAUCGGCCACGACCUACCUGACUGACAUCUCGAUCAUCCUCAACAACAUUCCCCGACCGCUGCUGCUCGUCCUCAAGACCAACGACCUCAUCAGAGGAAUCGAACGAAGUUUGAACUGCCGGUCCGAUGCCUCUGCCUUCUUUGUUAUGUUCAAAUCCUGUGUCAAUGCACUGGCCAAGAAUGACAUUAAGUCAUGCAUCAGUUUCAAGUGCAAAGUUCACAAGAUGAUCAGCCAGUACUGGACUUUACUGAAACUAUCAACAUUCUUCUGGCUGACGAGAUUAAGCAAUAUGAUUGGUCUUACUAGGAAAAAUGGUUCAAAUGUUUUAGUUAGAAAUAAUUUAAGAAAUGCUAGUUUCGUUAACCUCUUAACACCUUAGUAUUUAAAUAUUAUUGUUAUUAUUACUAUUAUUAUUAUUACUAUUAUUUGUUUAUAUGAAUAGUUGGUUGGUUCAUUUAAUUAUACUAAUGAUGGCAUGUAAUAUAUUAUGACAUUGUGUUUCAUGUUUGAAAAUGCUAUCUGUACAUUGUUUUCUUAUGGUUCUGUCCGGUUUUUAUUUACUAUUUUUAGUACAUCACUUAUAGUUACUUAUCUAUUUAUUAAACUGUAAAAUUACGCACCAUUCUGUUUCAUUUAUUUAAUGUUUAUUUUUCGGUUACUUUAUUUUUGUCUAUGGUUAAAAAUAAACAAGUCUUUCAUUUCUUAUUACCACACCAUUCAACAAUACCUUACACGUUGAAACAUUGCUUCCUAAAAUACUUAAGAUCUUAAAGUUAAUGAUUGCAAUUUUUAUUAUGUUAAUAUACUACUAUUAUAAUUAUAAUAUUAUAAUUUAUUGGUAUUACGAUUAUAAUAUUUUAAUUAUGAACCCAUAUUAUCUAAGUUAACCGCUCUUGCUAAGUGUGCUUUCAUGUCUUUAAUUCCUUGUUCAUGAAAUUCUUCUCCUAACUUCUCUUUCUUCAUCUCAUUCUCUCACUGGCUGAUUGAUUGAUUGGCUGAUUGAUUGGCUGAUUGAUUGAUUGAUUGGCUAAAUGAAUGGUCGAUUGAUUGACUGAUUGAAUAAAUAAGGCUUGCAAUUUUUUGAACCUA